AUGGCUGGUGAACGGAAGCCUUCAGCGUUUGACAGAUUCUAUGAUAUGGAGGAUGAUAAUCCUCUUGUUCGGUUUUAUGAUGCCGAACAAAAAUUAACCACUAAAGAUCGAACUGAACUUGGAGAAAGUCUUAAAAGAAUAAGUUUCUAUUCCAGUUACGCAGCCUAUGGUUCAGCAACCGUUGCUUAUUUUCUUCCCACCAUUGUUUACAACUAUAAGAAUCCGGGGAAGGCACCUCCUAUUACUAUCAAUGGCAAACAGGUUAAACCUAUGUUUGUAUUCCGGAGACCAUUCUUCUCUGUCUUUCUUUCCUUUGGGACACUUUUAGUGACCAAACUGAUCUUAUCUACGUAUUUGUUGAGCAAAGCAGGUAAUGAAACCACCAGUAGUCAACAGAGGCAAAUUUGGGAACAACUCCGUAAAUUCCCAACUAUGGGACUUGGAAUCUAUGGAGAAUACUUUACCAAAUCAGCUACAGAUGAUCUGAUAAGAAUGAGAAAUCCUCGAGAGAUGGCUAAGGAGUUAAGAGAUAAUCCUAACGCCGUUAGAUUUUUCCCUUCAUUGGAUAACCUGCUGCGUAUGCCAGUAGAUCCUAAGGACCCAUCCAAUGGCGAAGCUUGGCAACAUUUAAGAGAGGAAAAUGGGUUCCCAGCAAGAGGCAAAAAGAGUCAAAAACAUGAACAGAUUCAUGAUGGAGAAGCUUCUCAUAAUGAAGACACUAACAUUGAACCGGAUUCUACCCUUGUACAGGAUACUGACGGUGAACAUGAUACGAACGAAAGUAGCAUGUCAUCUUGGGAAAGACUUCGUAAAUCAGGUUCAACUAAAUGA